UUGAACAGAAAGCUGUGGAAAAGAGGUGUGAUUCAGAGAUAAUGACCAUUCCCAUUUGGGCAACACAGAUCACACGCAGUCUGUGAUAAGGUGUGCAACAUAUGUUGGAUUUGGUAUUGCACCAUCCCUCUCCUGCUCUUGUGCUCCUGCACUGCGCCUGCACUACAUUUCAGCCUCUCCAGUGGUCCUUCACUCCUCUCGGCUGAAGACUGAGCUGUAAGCAUCUCUCGCAUCAAUGGAUUUGCGUAAAUGGGUCUGGAGUAUCUGUGCAGCGGUUGGCUUGGUGCUCUGUAUGAGUGAAUAUUCACGCUGUGAAUUAACCUGGGAGGUUCCUCGCCUUGACGGCUGGUACAACAGUCUGGGAUACCCCAAGCGCGGAGCUGUCGAUUCUCAUCUUGUGCGCCUCGUGCCCGCGCGUUACUGGGAUGGAGUCUACCAAGCUGUCCAGGAGCCCCAGGUGCCAAAUGUUCGCGCACUGAGCAACCUGCUGGCCAAGGGACCGUCCGGUCUGCCCUCGACACGCAACCAGACCGUGCUGUCGCUGUUCUUUGGUUAUCAUGUUGCUUUUGAAAUUUUUGACUCAAGAACUCCUGGGUGUCCACCGGAGUUCAUGAACAUCCCUGUCCCGGAAGGUGACCCAAUCUUUGACCCUAUGGCCACUGGAAAAGUCCUGCUGCCCUUUCAGAGAGGACCGUGGGACAAAGACACCGGCCAGAGUCCCAGUAACCCUCGCACACAGGUCAACUUGGUGACGGCAUGGAUAGAUGGCAGCUCCAUCUAUGGCCCCUCCACAUCCUGGUCUGACUCCCUGAGGACCUUCUCUGGAGGGCUCUUGACUUCAGGCUCUGAGUGGAACAUGCCAGAAAAGCAAACAGGACAGCAUUUCAUGUGGAGCGCAGCAGACCCGUCUACAGGAGAUCAUGGACCUGAGGGCCUUUAUGUGUUGGGAAAUGCCUGGGCCAAUGAGAACAUGUUCACGGCAGCAGAGGGGAUUAUCUGGUUUCGCUACCACAAUUAUGUAGCCUCCAACCUGUAUCAGGAACACCCAGAGUGGUCAGACGAAGACCUGUUUCAAAACGCCAGGAAGACCGUCGUGGCCACAUUCCAGAGUAUUGCUGUGUACGAAUGGCUGCCUGGAUAUCUUGGAGAUAAAGAGCUUCCUCCUUACCCAGGUUACCAGAAGUUUGUCGAUCCAGGGAUUUCUCCCGAGUUUGAGACUGCUGCCAUCAGAUUUGGCAUCACUAUGGCCCCACCUGGUGUUUACAUGAGAAACAGAACCUGCCAUUUUCGGGAGAUUGUCAACAUAGAUGGCAGUUUAUCACCUGCAUUGCGUCUUUGUAACAGCUUUUGGAAACGUCAGAGUGUCAAUGUGAAUACGGGCCAGGACGUAGACGACCUCAUCAUGGGCAUGGCUUCCCAGAUCGCAGAGAGAGAAGACAAUAUAGUAGUGGAAGACCUGAGAGACUUCAUGUACGGACCCUUAAGGUUCACCCGUUCAGAUCUGGUGGCCAUGACCGUCCAAAGAGGACGAGAUUUUGGCCUUCAGGGUUACACCAAGGUUAGACAAGCUCUGGAUCUGCCUCCUGUCGAGACGUUUGCCGACAUAAAUCCUGAGCUCAACAGCACGAACCCACAGCUGUUUAAUAAUAUUGCAGAACUGUAUGACGGAGACAUCUCAAAACUGGAACUCUUCCCUGGAGGACUGCUGGAGUCCCUCGAUGGUCCAGGUCCAGUUUUCUCUGCCAUAAUCCUGGACCAGUUUGAACGCAUGAGAAACGGAGACCGCUUCUGGUUCGAGAACAAACAGAAUGGUUUGUUCACAGAUGAGGAGAUCCAGACGAUCCGCAAUAUGACCUUUUACGAUGUCCUGACUGCAGUCACAAGUGCAGAAGCCACUGAUAUACAAGCUAAUGUGUUCUUUUGGAGGAAUGGUGACCCUUGUGCUCAGCCCACACAGCUGAAUGCGUCAAUGCUCUACCCCUGCACUAAUGCCACCAAACUUGAUUACUUUGAUGGCAGCAGACCUGGCUAUGGGAUAUUUAUCAUUGUGUUGUUCCUCUUCCCUGUUGUUAGUUUUCUAGUGGCCUGCAUGGUGGCGUAUCUCCGCAAGUACAGGUACAAGAAGUUCCAGAGAAGAAGAAAAGCUAGUGACAAAACAGACAAACCAGCCGUGGGAAUCACUGCUUUCGAGUGGCAGGGCCAUAAGGAACCUCUGCAUCCUAUCAGCAUGGAGAUCGAUGAGAAGAAGAGGCUGCAGAUCUUCGACAGAUCAGGGUCCGUCCACCGCUUCCUCAAUCUGGGCAACCAGGACUACCUGGAUGUCCUUCUCUCCAACAACCAUCAACAUAAAGCUCUGCUCCUCAAAGUAUCAAAAGAAUAUGACCUGGUGCUGUUUUUUGAUGACGAGAGUAAACGUGCAGAAUUUGUCAAGCAUCUGCGCCAGGGGUUGGCAGACACCGCGCAGGAGAUUAGAGUAAAGCAGAUGAGAGAGGAGGAACUGCUGAAGGAGGCCUUAACCAGAGAGCAGAGGGCUCAGAUUGUGGAAACUUUCAUUCGACAUGCUUUCUCUAAGGUGUUGGAAAUAGAGAAGAGUGACGCUGGGGACAUGAGUGGCGUUUCCCGCAAGAAAGCCAGAGAAGUUCUUGAGUGCGAGCUGACGGCGUCCGAGUUUGCUGAUGCACUGGGCCUCAAGCCCGACUCCUUAUUUGUGGAGUCCAUGUUCACACUAGCUGACAAAGAUGGAAACGGUUACUUGUCCUUCCAAGAGUUUCUCGAUGUGAUGGUUAUCUUUAUGAAAGGGUCUUCUGAGGAAAAAUCCAAGCUGAUGUUCUCCAUGAAUGACAUUGGUGGAACUGGUUUCUUAUCAAAAGAAGAAUUUGUCAGGAUGCUCAGAUCUCUCAUUGAAAUCUCCAACGGUGCUCUGUCAAAGAGCCAGGCAGAGGAAGGCAUCCGAGCCAUGAUGCAUGCUGCAGGCUUUGAUGACAAGGAGGAAAUCACGUGGGAGGACUUCCAUUUCCUCCUGCGGGACCACGAGAAGGAGCUGCAGUUUGCUCAAAUCAACGUCAAAGGGAUGGAGAAACAGGAGAAGAAGCGGUUCAGUCGAGACCAGAGAGUGUCCUUCAUCUGUCCAGCAAACAGCAGCGGCAGCAACCAUACAGAUGGGCAAGACAUACGCAGGCGGAAAAAGUUAGAUGUCAGAACUCCAAAUCUCUACGUGAAGGCCAAGCGUGAACAGUACAUAAGGAACCCGAUUAAGCAGAAGAUCCAGCAGUUCAAACGUUUCAUUGAGAAUUAUCGCCGUCAUAUCGUCGUUUUCAUCAUUGUGUAUGGCAUCGCAGCAGGAGUAGCCCUCGAAAGAUGUUACUAUUACACUGUGGAGGCCGAAACUACAGGCCUCCCUGAGGCUUCAGUGGUGGGCAUCACUGUCUCUCGUGGCUCUGCGGCUGCCGUCUCCUUUCUGUUUCCCUACAUGCUCCUCACCGUGUGUCGUAACCUCAUCACUCUGUGCCGAGAGACUUUCCUCAACCGAUACAUCCCAUUCGAUGCUGCCAUAGAUUUCCAUCGCUUCAUGGCCAUGACUGCCAUCAUCCUUUCAGUUGUUCAUAGUUUGGGCCACGUGGUCAACAUCUACGUCUUUGCCGUGAGCGACCUCAGCAUCCUGUCUUGCCUUUUCCCCAAAGUUUUUAACAACAAUGGGGCUGAACUUCCUAAGGUGUGGUCAUGGUGGUUUUUUGAAACUGUUCCAGGAAUGACUGGGGUCUUGCUUCUUUUCACUUUUGCAUUUAUGUAUGUUUUUGCCUCACACUAUUUCCGUCGCAUCAGUUUUCGUGCAUUUUGGGUCACUCAUUACCUCUACGUUGUCAUCUACACUCUUACAGUUAUUCAUGGCAGCUUCGCCCUGCUCCAACAGCCCCGUUUCUACAUCUAUUUAAUCCCACCUGCGCUGCUCUUUCUGCUGGACAAACUGAUCAGCUUGAGCAGGAAGAAGUUGGAGAUCCCAGUGGUCAGGGCUGAGCUGCUGCCUUCAGGUGUGACACAUCUGGAGUUCAAGCGGCCACAGGGUUUCAUGUACCGUUCUGGCCAGUGGGUUCGUAUUGCAUGCCUGAUGUUGGGCACAGAUGAGUACCAUCCAUUCACACUGACGUCAGCCCCUCACGAAGAGACCUUGAGCCUGCACAUCCGAGCUGUGGGGCCCUGGACCAGCCAGCUCCGAGAGCUCUACACCGAAGAAAGCUUGCUCGAGCUUGGAGCCUAUCCAAAGCUGUACUUGGACGGUCCGUUUGGUGAGGGCCAUCAGGAGUGGACUGACUAUGAAGUGUCUGUUCUGGUGGGUGGAGGAAUUGGCGUCACCCCAUUCGCCUCCAUCCUAAAAGACUUGGUAUUCAAGUCCUCCAUCAAGUCCAGGAUUCAGUGUAAAAAGGUGUACUUCAUCUGGGUGACACGAACACAGCGUCAGUUUGAGUGGGUGUCAGACAUCAUCAGGGAGGUGGAGGAACUGGACACCCAGGAGCUGGUCUCAGUCCACACUUACAUCACUCAGGUGGCCGAAAAGUUCGACCUCCGCACCACCAUGCUGUAUGUGUGCGAACGCCACUUUCAGAAGGUGUGGAACCGCAGUCUCUUCACCGGCCUGCGGUCCGUCACUCACUUCGGCCGUCCCCCCUUUGUGUCCUUUUUCAACUCACUGCAGGAAGUUCACCCUAAGGUGGGUAAAAUCGGUGUGUUCAGCUGCGGACCACCUGGAUUGACCAAGAAUGUUGAGAAAGCUUGCCAGCAGAUCAACAAGAGGGAUCAGGCCCAUUUUAUACAUCACUAUGAGAACUUCUAACUUGUCCCCAGCUCGUGUUUAACAAAGAAGAGAUGAGGCACCUUACACUGUAGAAUACAAGUUACUGCAGCGUUUAAUUGAAUGUGCUUGUCCACACACAAUCACAGAGCUAAUAUGGGAGGUUUUGAUUUUAUGUUAAGUCUUAAACUGAAACGUACCGCUUAAAUGCGUCUUCUUUCUUUCUAGUCAUGAAUAUUACUCUUCUGUCAGUCAAAAUGAGAAGUUCUCAUCAUUCUCACUGAGAACUUUAUUUCAUAUAUUACCAUUAAAAGGAUUUUACUAUCUAUGGCAAAUCAUUUUUAAUAAUUCUGCUAUGUAUUUUCUGCUUGUUCUCUGUGAUUGUUUAGCAAUUUAGUCAGUGAUUUUGAAAUCAUUAUGUAUGAUUUGUAUGUAUGAAAUGUAUGAAACAAUAAACUAUUAUGUCUCAUAGAGAC